GUAAAAAGAUGCGAGUCGCGGCUCUCCUCGCGCUCGGCCUCGCGCUCGUCAGCGCCGUCGACCGCUCCAAGUUCAGGCGCUGCGACCAGUCGUCCUUCUGCGCAGCCCAGCGCGGGAAGGCCGGCGAAGGCUACACGCUCGUGCCGCCCGCGACGCUGCCGACGAGCCCGCUCUCGGCCUACUUUUUUUCGCUCGAGACUCCGCACAAGAAGCCGCUCUAUGCGUCGCUGAGCUUCCUCGCCGCGGGCUCGGUGCGCAUGCGCGUGUCCGAAGUCGCGUUCGAGCACGACUUUGACGGCUUCAACGAGAAGAACGACAUUACGAAGCCGCGCUGGCAGCCGCACGACGUGCUCGUCGACACGGCGCACGCGCCGUUCCAGCGCAUUGCGUCCACUCCAUUGACGACGCUCGGCCCGAACGACCUUGCGUUCCAGUCGAUCGACGGCGCCCACGACGUGGUCGUUGUCUUGCGCGGCGACGCGUUCGCCAUGGCCGUGUACGUCGAUGGCGAGCUCUCGGUCUCGGCCAACACGCUCGGCCAAAUGCACUACGAUCCGCGCCACGUGCGCGAGUCGAGCGCGACAGAUGUGGACACAGAGAAGAAGGACGUGCACAACGGCAAGGAGAUCGCCGACUAUGGCGAGGACGGUCUCGCCAUCUACACGGACGGGUCGCGCCAGCAAAAGGGCUCGGACGACGAGAGCGAUGUGGACACCACCACGUCGGACAUGUGGGAAGAGUCGUUUGGCGGCCACACGGACACCAAGCGCUUUGGCGCGACCGCGGUCGGUCUCGACGUGACCUUUCACGGCAACGCUCGCUUCCUCUACGGUAUUCCCGAGCACGCAACCGACUUUGCGCUCAAGAACACGCUCGCCGCCGACCGGAAGACGCCGAUCACCGACCCGUACCGGCUCUACAACCUCGACGUCUUCGAGUACGAGCUCGACGAACCCAUGGCGCUCUACGGCCACAUCCCCAUGGUCAUGGCCGCGAGCCCGCGCAACACGGUCGGCGCGUUCUGGUUCAACCCGUCCGAGACGUUUGUCGAUGUGAGCGAGCACGACGACGGGUCGAAAACGACGCACUGGAUGAGCGAGUCGGGCUGGAUCGAUCUCUUUGUGCUGCCGGGGCCGACGCCAUCGCGCGUCUUUGGCCAGUUUACCUCGCUCACGGGCAAGGCGCAGCUGCCGCCGGUGUUUGCCCUCGGGUACCACCAGUGCCGGUGGAACUACAAGAACGAGCCCGACGUGGCGCGGACCAACGACGGCUUUGACACGCACGUGGUGCCCUAUGACGUGCUCUGGCUCGACAUUGAGCACACGGACGGGAAGCGGUACUUUACAUGGGACAAGCACGCAUUUCCGACGCCGAUCGCGAUGCAAGAGAGCUUGGCGCGCGUCGGGCGCAAGAUGGUGACGAUCGUCGAUCCGCACAUCAAACGCGACCCGAACUUUGCGGUGCACACGGACGCCCAAGCCAACGAGGUCUACAUUGUCGAUGAAAAUGGCCACGAGUUUGACGGGUGGUGCUGGCCCGGCAGCUCGUCGUAUGUCGACUAUACGUCGCCGAAAGCACGUCACUGGUGGGCCACCCAGUUCCGCUAUGACAAGUACAUCGGCAGCACGCCGCAUCUCUUUACGUGGAACGACAUGAACGAACCGAGCGUGUUCAACGGCCCCGAAGUCUCGAUGCGCAAGAACUGCAUGUCCCGCGCCGGCGUCGAGCACCGCGAGUGGCACAACCUGUACGGCUACUACAUGCAGCGCGCGACGAUGGAAGGCCAGCUCGUGCGCCAGCUUCCGUCCGACGUGCCGCUGGAUCCGACGCAGCCGAUCCCAAUCUCGCCCGAGAUGCACCGUCCGUUUGUGCUGUCGCGCUCGUUCUUCGCCGGCACGCAGCGCUACGGCGCGAUCUGGACGGGCGACAACAAAGCGUCGUGGGAGCACUUGGACUAUGCGACCAAGAUGCUCUUGAGCAUGAGCGUCGCGUCGCUGACCUUUGUCGGCGCGGACGUCGGCGGCUUUUUCGGGUCGCCGGACGCGGAGCUCGUGACGCGCUGGACGCAGGCCGCGGCCUACCAACCGUUCUUCCGCGGCCACGCGCACCACGACUCGGAGCGCCGCGAACCGUGGGUCUUUGGCGAGCCGCACACGAGCCGCAUCCGCGACGCGAUUCGCCGCCGGUACCAGCUGCUGCCGUACCUGUACACGCUCUUUGACGCGUGCGCGACGUCUGGCCUGCCCGUGAUGCGGCCGCUUUGGAUGGAGUUUACGGCCGACACGGACGCGUAUGGGAUUGAAGACGCCUUCUUGCUCGGUCGCGACCUGUACGUCACGCCGAUCACCAAGCCAUCGGUCGACUCGAUGGACGUCUACUUACCGCCCGACUCGGUCUGGUACAACGUCAACGAACGCUACGCGCGCCUUGUCGGCACUGGCCGUCGGCUCUCGGUCCGCGCGCCGAUCGAGUACAGCCCGACCUUCCAGCGCGGUGGCAGCAUCGUGGCCCAGCGCUGGCGCGUGCGCCGCAGCUCGGCGCUCAUGCGCAAGGACCCGUACACGCUCGUGGUGGCGUUGAGCGCCGACAAGACGGCGACCGGCGACCUCUACAUGGACGACGAAGUCACGUUUGCGUACGACGCGGCCAAGGCGUUGACGCGCGUGCGCUAUGUAUUCGCGGCCAACGAGCUCACGUCGACGCUUCUUGCGUCGGCCUUUGCGUCCGAGACGCGCGUCGAGCGCAUUGUGAUUGUCGGAUUGGAGAAGGCCGGCGCGACGGUGGUGGCCGUGGACGCUGUGACGGGCGCCAUCACCAAGGUCGAGAGCUACUACGACGUGGCUGCCGAUAUGCUCACGAUCCGCAAGCCCAACGUGCUCGCGGCGUCGGCCUGGACGCUUCGCAUUGAGUAG